CUUAGCAAAGUGUUGCUAUGGUGACGCACAACCUGCGAACGCCUGCUUACCUACCAUUUUAUGUCACUCGGCAAGCUCACACGACGAUUAUUUAUUCACAGACCCGCCCACCUCCAACGGUGUUGCGGACUUUACGGACAAUAUCGCAAGCGGGGACCUUUACGCCGACAACACACAGAGACAACAACACUACAAUACCCAUGCUUCUCUGCAACCCAUUGAGAUUCAGGAUCACGGAUACCAGUACUCUAUUGCAUCUGGGCUGCCCCUGAUCAACAAUGCUUUCCUUAACGGGCUCCCGAAUGGCCUGCCUACUCGUAUGUGCCUGUACUUUGGCUGGAGGGAGUACAUAUGCGUGUAG